AAGUUUGAAACUUGGGAAAGUCUUUGUCUUGCUUGAUCUACUGAAAUCUUGGCUAAAUUUGCAAAAAAAUAUUCAAAUCUUGCUGGUUAAAAGAUGCAUGAUUUUUGCUUCACGAUCCCUUAUGGGUUAAUUCUUGUGUGUGGUGGUGUUAUUGGAUAUGCUAGUAAAGGAAGCACAGCUUCACUAGCUGGAGGUGUGGGUACUGGAUUUGCUCUGAUCUUAGCUGGUUUUUUGAGCCUGCAAGCAUUUCACAAACGCAAAAAUUCUUACUUUGCUUUGAUUCUUGAAACUGCUUGUGCAGCCACGUUAACAUGGGUUAUGGGACAACGUUACAUGCAAACCUCAAAAAUAAUGCCGGCUGGCGUUGUUGCUGGUAUCAGUGCACUCUUGACUGGAUUUUACCUGUACAAAAUUGCCACAGGAGGGAACAAUUUUCCACCUAAGACUGAGUAAUACCAUCUGAUUGUUUAUUUGGGGUUUCAAUUCCAUACUGUAUGUACUGAGAAGAGGUCAAUUCUUAUGCAUUGAUGCAUACAGCCGGCUGAAAUGUAACAUUAUUGUAUUUAAUUUUAUAGAAUUCGAUGGAGCUACUCUUAUUUUGAUGUUUGUUUAUCACUAGUAACCAUUUACAAAUUUUCAUCAAGCAUCUGGUGCUGUUACUGGCUUA